AUGGCGAUGCCUGGUGGUCUUUCGAAGCCUACAUGUCCAUCUGCUGAAAUGAAGCAGCGACUAACACCCACAGUUGCAGCUUACCUAAAAUAUCAGCUUGGUGUGGAACCUAAGCAUGUGAAAAUAGUCGCACUCAGUUCCCAAAUUGUAAACGGGACAGUUUACUUCCUCAAGGUGCAGCACGACAAAGGUGUUUGUCACAUGCGUGUGCACGAAGAGUUGCCCGCGAAUGGUGGCAACUUAGUCGUUGAGAACUACAAGGAAGCCACUUGUAGCGAACCACUGACAUUCUUCUAG